AACUUGGUAGGUUGAUUGAAUAAUACGUCCUUGUGCAAGCCAGUGAAAUUGGGAUAUCCAUUUCCAUGGAAGCCAUGCGGAUCAACUGUGAAUUGAAAGGCUAACGGCUCCCCACCUUUUGGUGGGAAUGACUUCCCCUUGAGUGCUCUGUCACCCCGCACCUCCGUUUCGAUUGCUGCCCGUGGCCGUUGUCAUCUGGAGGGAGUGGAUUAUUCCCUGCAGGCCGAGGGCUGGUACUUCAGCUGCCGUCGACCAGCCCCCGAGAACGCAACGGAUGUCCGUCCCACUUAAAACAAUCAGCAAAUCACGUGGUAUUACUCCGUAGUUACUUGGGCUCUGCAAAGUAACCACGCCAAGAACUCCAGACAGUGCCCAAACGUCAUUGGCAUCGAUGCACCUCUCGGAGCAUCUCCUAGACUCGCGGGUUUCGCUUCAUCUGGCUAAUAACAAACAGCCUCACCGGCAGUCCAGCAUGUCUCCAACACCGUCCGACUCUCCUCAUGGAGCUACAGAUUCAGCACUCAAUUCAUCCAAUGUUCUGACCCUUGCCGCCUCGUGCCUUGACAAGGAUGCACCGAACCUGAAUACCGCGUGGGAGGCGAUUGCGCUCGUGGGCCAUGCGUGCAUGGUUGCUGUUGAUUUCAGAUUAAUCGGUCUCGGAGAAGAUCGAAGAGUAGAGCAAAAUGCCCCCACGGCCGUGCUUCCCAAGGAGUGGAAUCAGACGAAAAUUUACUCAUUCCAAUACGCGCAUAGCCGAUCUUCCAUGCAAUUCAUUCUGAAGGUUAUACAACUCGGAAAUAACGCCGUUGUUUCUGCCAUCGCUCUCGGCGACGACAGAACAGCUUCCUUCGACAUCUUUGUUCGUGAUUAUGUUUCCCUAUCAUCUCUACCUAUCUCUCCAUCUUCGGAUCUUUCGGAUACCCUAAAUCGCGUUUUUAUCUCCCCUGAACGUUUGAAGGACCUCAUUUCACUCUUCCGAAUAAACGUUAUUCAGAAACUCGCCCCAGGCCUACAGAAAGAGGGAUACGAAGAUACUUCCCAAGGCGCAGGCGGCGCUUCCCGGCGUCGCCAGGAAGAAGUUGAAGAUCGAAGACCGCCGCGAGAUCCGUUGCGGGAUGAUCGAUUUCCUCCCCCCGUCCAGCCACACCCUUUCCACGAUCCACUCGCCGCUCCGCCCCGCCGUCCCCUUCCCGCCGGCGAUUUUCCACCUCCGGGCUUUGAAGAUGAAUACGAGAUCAAUGUCCCACCUCGAGGAUACAAUCCGUAUGGUGGCGAACGUCGGCCCUUGAACAUUGGCGACCGAGAUUUGUAUCCUCCCGGCCUGGGUCCGCAUGAUCCGCUCCGGCCACACUUAGGGCCAUCGGGAGGUGGUGGUGGGAUGCACCCGACGUUUGAUGAUCCUAUAUUUGGCGGGACUGGCGGGCAAGGUGGGCCGUUUGAUCCGCAAGUUCCGCCAGGCGCCAGAUAUGAUCCUGUAGGCCCAGGAGACGGGAGACCUUUUGGGCGUGGAGCAGGCCGGGGAGGAGGUGCGGGGCCCGGAGCAGGCGGGUUUGGUGGACUUGGUAGGUUUGGAGGAGGCUUUGGGGGAGAUAUAAUCUGA